UGGCCUGGUGGCGACGGGGCGGGGCUUGCCUGCCUGGCGGGGCGGGGCGGGCGCCAGCACCCGGCGCGAUGGCGGCGGACGGAGACUGGCAGGAUUUCUAUGAGUUCCAGGAGCCCGCCCGGACCCUGCAGGACCAGGAGAACUGUAACGCGAGCGCCGAGGCCGGAGCGGGGGCGGGCGCGGGUGGUGACGGCUUCUCGGCGCUGGCCUGCAGCCUGGAGGAGAAGCUGAGCCUAUGCUUCCGCCCCUCGGGGCCGGACGACGAGCCUCCGCCGGCGGCCGUGCAGCCCAUCACCGAGCGCAGCCUCCUGCAGGGGGACGAGAUUUGGAAUGCCCUCACGGAUAAUUACGGACAUGUAAUGCCUGUAGACUGGAAGUCAUCCCAUACACGGACCUUGCAUUUGUUGACUCUGAACCUCUCAGAGAAGGAGAUGAGUGACAGCCUGCUUUUUGACACCUCAGAUGAGGAAGAGCUGAGGGAACAGUUGGAUAUGCAUUCAAUCAUAGUCUCCUGCGUUAACGAGGAGCCCCUCUUCACCGCAGACCAGGUUAUUGAAGAAAUUGAAGAAAUGAUGCAGGAAUCGCCAGACCCAGAAGAUGAUGAAACCCCUACACAGUCAGACCGGCUCUCAGUGCUCUCCCAGGAGAUCCAGACUCUUAAGAGGUCUAGCAUGAGCAGCUACGAAGAGAGAGUGAAAAGGCUCCCAGUAUCUGAACUAAAUGAACUCCUGGAAGAAAUUGAGACAGCGAUUAAGGAGUACUCUGAGGAGCUGGUACAGCAGCUAGCCCUGAGAGAUGAACUAGAGUUUGAGAAGGAAGUGAAAAACAGCUUUAUUUCUGUUCUGAUUGAAGUGCAGAACAAACAGAAAGAACACAGAGAAACUGCCAAAAAGAAGAAGAAGCUCAAAAAUGGCAGCUCUCAGAAUGGGAAGAAUGAGAGAAGUCACGUGCCGGGCACACGCUUCAGCAUGGAGGGGAUCUCAAAUGUCAUUCAGAAUGGCCUCCGCCACACCUUUGGAAAUUCAGGUGGAGAGAAACAGUAUUUGACAACAGUUAUCCCUUAUGAGAAAAAAAAUGGACCACCAUCUGUUGAAGAUCUUCAAAUAUUAACAAAAAUUCUUCGUGCCAUGAAAGAGGACAGUGAAAAAGUUCCAAGCUUAUUGACUGACUAUAUACUGAAAGUUCUGUGUCCUACAUAGAGCAUGUGACAUCAGGAGCAGCUUCACCCUCUGUCAAUUCCACGCUCGAAUUCCUGCGGCAUUAUUCUGAAAGCUGGCUAUCUCCUCUUCCUGAUAUUGGAAACCCAGCACAUUUGAACAUGGGUUUGUGAUUCAAUGUUAGUAGGUCAUGACUUCACUAAUUCAUCACAAAACAGAAGCAAGAGAACCAUGGCACGCUUGAAUUCUCAAGAUGCGUUUUUGUAAAUGUAACAGUUAUAAACAGUUUUCUAAGUUGGCAGAGUCAAAGGAGAGGAGUAUGAACUGUGCAUGUGCAGUUACGGUUUUCAUUGACAGUGUGCCCGAUAAUAGUUUUUAUGGCUUCUUCCGUGUAAACUGCACUGAUCUAGAGUAAAGCACUGGGAGAGCUAUACCAUGGCUCCUCUUCAUGACAGUGAGAAUGAACGCUGAUUUUUAUGAACAUUGUCAGUAUAAAUAUUACCUACCAGUAUUGUCCGGAGACUUAGACUUAACAAACGUGGCCUGUUGUGAAGUGCGCUGCUGCCAUCUACAUUACGCUGGCCUAAGUGUGAGCUUCAGACCCUAAUGGAGAGGACUGGUUUAUAGCUGCCUGUUGCACCCUUGUUCAUGCUUUAACCAUUAUGAUGCCACUCUCAGAAUCUUGUAUGAACUUUGGAUGUGUGUCUGUUCCCUGUCUGUGAAGAAGUGUACGUUGUAAAGAGUUCACAUCCUCUGAGGUGCUUUAAGGAACUGCUGUGGCACUGCCUGUUCCCAUGGCAAUGUUCAGUUUCACUAACACCUGUGUGUUUUUCUAUAGUUGCUCACAACUACAGCACUGAUUGUGAACACUUUUGCCAGUUUCAAUUAAAUCAGUGGCAUUUAAUAAAAUAAUAUAUACUUCA